CGCCUUGCUUUGCCCGCGCUUCCGAUUCGGUGCUUCCGGUUGGGCUCUGAAGGUUUUGUGGACGAAGGAGGAUCAAUCGAUUCUUGUGUUUUAAGAAAAUGUCGUCAGACUCCAGUAAGAAACGGAAGCCGAAGGUCAUUCGGACAGAUGGAGGCCCACCGGAAGGCAAGAGGGGCCGGCCAGACACUGAUCAGGAUGCCAAAUAUUACAGUGAAGAGGCUGAGAUGGACCUGCGGGACCCCAGCAAAGAUUACGAACUUUACAAAGAGACCUGCCAGGACCUCCAGAGGCUUAUGGCGGAAAUCCAGGAGCUGAAGAGCAAAGGCAACAAAGACAGUGCUUCCGAGAUCGAGGAGCGUCGCAUCCAGAGCUGCGUCCACUUCAUGACCCUGAAGAAACUCAACCGUUUGGCUCACAUCCGGUUAAAGAAGGGAAGGGAUCAAACCCACGAGGCAAAGCAGAAAGUGGAUGCUUAUCACCUGCAGCUUCAAAAUCUGCUGUAUGAAGUCAUGCACCUGCAGAAGGAGAUCACAAAAUGCCUGGAAUUUAAGUCCAAGCAUGAGGAGAUUGAUCUAGUGAGCGUGGAGGAGUUUUACAAGGAGGCCCCUGCAGAAAUCAGCAAGCCGGAGAUUACACUCGCUGAUCCCCACCAGCAGACGCUCUCCCGCCUCGACUGGGAGCUGGAGCAGCGCAAGCGGCUGGCAGAGAAGUACAAAGAAAGUCUGGCAAACAAAGAGAAGAUCCUGAAAGAGAUAGAAGUGAAGAAGGAGUACCUCAGUAACCUCCAGCCUCGGCUCAACAGCAUCAUGCAGGCUUCACUCCCUGUCCAGGAGUACCUUUCCAUGCCUUUUGACCAGGUUCACAAGCAAUAUGAGACGGCCAGGCAUCUCCCGCCACCCCUCUAUGUGCUCUUUGUCCAAGCCAGUGCCUACGGCCAGGCCUGUGACAAGAAGCUGGCUGUGGCUAUCGAAGGCAACGUGGAGGAAGCCAAAGCUCUCUGCAAACCUCCAGAGGACUUCCAGGAUGAUGAGAGUGACUCGGAUGCCGAGGAGGAGCAGACUACGAAGCGUCGCCGCCCAACCUUAGGGGUGCAGCUGGAUGACAAGCGGAAGGAAAUGCUCAAGAGGCACCCACUGUCCGUCACCGUCGACCUGAAAUGCAAAGAUGGCAGCCUCCUCCUCCUCACCUUCUACUAUCUGAUGAACCUCAACGUCAUGACGAUGAAAGCCAAGGUGACGGCAGCUGCGGAGAUGUCUAUGCCCAUCAGUGCCGGAGACUUGCUGUGCCCCGACACCCUCCUGAGCUGCCUGUAUCCCGGAGAUCACGGAAAGAGGACUCCAAACCCUGCCAACCAGUUCCAGUUCGAUAAAGUCGGGAUCCUGUCCCUGAACGACUACGUUGCAGAACUGGGGCACCCUUACAUGUGGGUGCAGAAGUUGGGGGGCCUGCAUUUCCCCAAGGAUCAGCCCCAGAAUCCUGUGAUUGCCGAUAACUCGCUGAGUGCUAGCCACAUGGAGAGGACGAUGAAAUUGCUCAAGAUGAGGCUGGAGUCCCGCCUUGCUCUACACAAGCAGUUUGCUUCCCUUGAGCAUGGCAUUCUGCCGGUCUCCAGCGAGUGCCAGCAUCUCUUUCCGGCAAAGAUUGUGUCACGGUUGGUGAAGUGGACAGCGCUCACGUACGAGGAUUACCUGGAGCUGUCCUACACAAAAGAUGUCGUCGAGGCCGGUUUGGCCGAGGACACGCACCUGUACUACAUGGCCCUGAUAGAAAGAGGAACAGCCAAGCUGCAGGCAGCGGUCGUGCUGAACCCAGGCUACUCCUCCAUGCCUCCCAUCUUCAGCCUGUGCCUGAACUGGAAAGGGGAGAAGACCAACAGCAACGACGACAACAUCCGGGCCAUGGAGAGCGAGGUCUCUGUUUAUUACAAAGAGCUGUACGGUCCCAAACCAGGCUACCAGCUCCUGACCAACCAGCUGCAACGCUUGUGUGUCGUCCUGGACGUCUACCUUGAGACAGAGACCCACGACAACAGUGUGGAGGGGCCCAAGGAGUUUCCGCAAGAGAAAAUGUGUCUGCGCCUCGUCAGGGGCCCCAGUCGGAUGAAGCCCUUCAAGUUCAACCACCCUCAGGGCUUCUUCAGCCAUCGCUGACUCCUCUGCGGCUGGGAUCCUCCCUCCAGGCAGCUUGAUGCAAGGAGAAAGAGAGGGGAGAACUGUUGCCCUCUGGGAUUCUUGGUUGGCACAGUUCUAGCUUCAUCCUGCCGACGACUUUCGCCAGAGAUUUCUGCCCACCUCAGUGGUUUUAUCCAUUCCAUUCUAUCUGUAGAGGGUGUCGUUUUAAAACAUUAAAUUGAGUGUGUGCUUUUA